UUCCUUACGUACGGUAAGUGCUUGCGGCUUGUGUUGGUUUUGCGAUUGUCACAAACUGUAGCACGCGAGCGGCGCACAACAUCAAGGUAGCAAGCAACAGCCUGUCUGCGAGAAAAGCUCUCUGUAGAUGCAUGGUGGAAUGGGCAUCUGAGAUUUUACUAGAAGACGCUGGACCAUAUGUUCAGAGAGUGGGAUUUUAAAUUCUGUGUCCAUCUUAAUUGAUUAGAACUCAUUGAAGUGCCUGCUUUCCUCCACUGCCAUGGCUUCUACACCUCCACCUCUCAUGAAGAAGCACAGUCAGACUGAUCUUGUGAGUCGCCUCAAGUCCCGCAAGGUCCUGGGUGUCGGCGGGGAGGAUGAUGACGGAGAGGUGCACAGGUCAAAGAUCAGUCAGAUGUUGGGUAAUGAGAUGAAGUUUGCUGUGCGUGAGCCCAUUGGUCUCCGGCUCUGGCUCCUCAUCUCUGCAGUGCUGUUCACAUCCACAUCCUUAAUGGCCUUGGCUUUUCCCAGCCAGCUCUACGAGAUAAUAUUUGAGAUCACCACCUCGAGGAUCUCCAUCAGACUCUACGGAGGAGCUCUUCUAUUGACGUCCAUCACCCUCUUGGAGAUGGGCACACUGUCCAACGGUGCAAUCGUUCUUCUUCUUAGUGAAACCUUCUUCCUCUUCGUCACCUUGAGUUACUAUCACCACCUUGGCCGGCGCUCCAAAAAGAUCUGAGGGAGGCCAGCUAUUUGUUAGAUGAGUAGAUUGGAUACAGUAGCACCUCUGCCUGGACCAAAUUAAUUUACCCUUGACUGAAAAUCAACCUUUUUUGGGGGCAAUUUCCAUUUUAUGUAAGUACAAUAACUGGGUAUUUACUCUCAUUAGAUUCAGAGGGCCACAGAUCAUUAAUAUUGUUUUUGUUACAUUAAGUUCACUACAGUGGGUAUAAUUAUUUGACAGCUCACUUUUUUGUAAAAGCAUUUUCUGAGAAUUUAUUGUAUGGAGGGUAAAUUUAUGGCUCAUUUAUGAAUGUCAGAGAAUCACAAAUGUGUCCGAUUAGUUUGCAAAGAUGCCUGCAAUUCAUGUCAUAUUAAGUAAGAGUUUAGUGAACUUCCUACUGGUGUGUCAUUCUAUGGCAAGAAUGUAGUUUUAUAAUGGUGCUGGUUUAUUCAUCAGGCAAAAUAGGCAUAGCAUGACACAACAUACAACAAAUAAUACAGGACAAAAGGUAAAACAAGAAAUAGCAUACAUACAAAAUUAAUAAAUACAAAUUUGAAUCUGAUAUUACAGAAAUACAGUUGUUACAUUUACUUGUAGUUACUAACAUUUCUAAUAGAUUUAUUUCAUUCAUAUUAUUACCUCUGUAAAUCAGGUAAAUUGCAGUUAAAAUUCCAAAGUGAUAAACAAAUACAUUCCUUUUGAGCCUUUAGGUUCCCAACAGUACAUUUUGUGAUAUGGUGAGAAUAAUGGAUGUAGUAUUAAAUGGUAUUUACGUGUGUAUUUCAGAAAGUACCUUAUUAACUUUGUAGUUGGAAAUGUAUUACUGUCAAAUGCAGCUCUGUGUCGCUUCAAACUAAGAAAUUCUACACCUACCAAUUCAGAUGUCAAUUUUUAAUGCUUUACAUACCUAAUGGACAUUUGCACAACAGUUACUAAAGUAAAUGGUGUAAUUACAAACUUGGUACAACUCCCCUUUAUGACGGAUUAAAAGAUUACAGAAAAUAAGUCAGUUGAAAAAUCUUUUGAGGAUUUUUCCAUGUUCUGAUCUCCAUGUUUUCAUGAUACUCAAGCCGCAUGUUAAUAAUGGUUUUACUCUUGCAAAUUUAUCUGUAUGUAUUAAAGGGACAGUUUACCCAAAAGUGCAAGUGCAACAACAUUGAUUUUUAUUUUUGUUUUCAAAACUUCUGUGGAACAAAAAAAGGAGUAUCAUAAAAGUAGUUAAUACAACUGAAUUCAUAUGAUGUUUUCUUUGUGUCUCGUCAUUGACAGUGAACUUCAGAGAAUUUUCUGUUUUGGGUGAACUAUUCUUUUAACAACUACCAUUAUGCACAAGAAUUGUACAUUUUAGAAGUGUAUGUAGUACGAUAUUCUUUAUGCCUUUAGUGAUCGUUGCACGAAUUCAACACUGCAGAUCGACAGUAGCGCUAAAAUGUAGCACUUUUAUAAAUCUAAAAUGUCAGAUUAUAUCAGUAAACGAUAUAAUCAGUGAAUAAUACUUCCGUUCAACUUCCACAAAGUGUUAGCAUGUUUAUUCACCUUUUAUUGUCACUAUGUUGUAGCCAUAAGCGAAUGUUGCAUUUCUUUUAUCAUACUACCAACAUCUGGCACAGCAUUAGCAAAAGUUGAUUGUGAAUAAUAGUAUAAAAUGAUUAUUCUAUAACUAGCAGGUGUUAUUCCUAACAGUAUAUGCUUCCAUCACUGAACUGUCAUUUGAGAUGUGGACUGUCACGCUGCCCUUCCAGAGAUCUCAGAUACUGCUUCCAGUGAAACACACAUGGCUUUAUUCCAAAGGGAAAUCAGAGGAACAUAUGAAUAUGUGCUUUGGAAUGGGCAAGUUAGACAGUAUUUCAGACAGAGAAGGUGUGAUGAACCCAUUUCAUAAUUCUAUAUUAACUGCUGUACUUCAAAACCAAACUGCUGUUUGUUUAUUUAUACUGUACAUCUCUCUUGAGUUUAGUAAUAGUUUAUUAGCAAAUCAAUGGACCAUGAUUUAAUUGUGAAGUCAAAGCACAGUUUAUGAUUAUAUGUACACUAGACUCAGUAUCUUUUUGCUUUGCAAAUAUUUGAAUGAUUCAGGAAUGUGUAACCCUUCUUAAACAUCUGUAAAGUUGCAACUUUGUUUCUAUUUGUUUUUGAGAUGGAUGAUAGCAAUGUUAGUUUUUAGAAUGUUUGUUCAAACGCUCAUGUACCACAGGUAUGUAUCUACUUUUUGUAGAGAAACAGUGAAUGUGCUUAAUAAAUCU